GAAGAAAGACCGCAUGAAAGCAGGGGUGAUGGAUCGCUUUAACGGCCAAAAAAGAAAGACGGAGUCGAGAGACACAAAUGCGUUGAUCUCUGUACCGUGGGCGCGUUUCACAGCUUGGCUCGAGUGUGUGUGUGUCGUUACCUUCGACCUCGAGCUCGGACAAGCUAUAGAGAUGAUGUACCCACAUGAUGCUAAACUGACAGAGAAGGAGAAAACAAGCAUAUGCUAUUUAGCAUUUCCUGACUCAUUUUCAGGAUGCCUUGGGGACACACAGUUCAGUUUUAGGCUGCGGCAGUCUGUGGGACGAGCGAGUGGCAUGUGUUUUGGUGACAAAGAUGCGUACAACAAGGAAGCACCACUAACGCUGCAGAAGGAGAUGGCUCACUUCUACGGCUAUGUUUACUUUAGACAAGUAAAGGAUGUCUCUGUCAAAAGGGGCUACUUUCAGAAGUCUCUGGUGCUGGUGUCCAGACUGCCGUAUGUGUGCUUGUUCCAGUCUCUACUCCAGAUCAUUGCUCCUGAGUACUUUGAGAAGUCAGAGCCUUGUUUGGAGGCAGUUUGCAAUGAAAUUGAUCAGUGGCCCCCACCUGUGCCAAGCCAGACGCUGAGUUUGCCUGUGAUGGGAGUCAUCUUACAGGUCAAAAUUCCUUCAAAAGAUGAUAAACCGUUAGGAAGUCCAGGCAAACAGGGACCAAAAGAGAACCAUCUCUCCUCUCCAAUGGUUCUCCCUACUAUCCAUGAGCUGGAUCUUUUCAAGUGUUUCCAGUCUGUCCUCGUUCACAUACAGUUGCUGUGGGAGCUGAUGUUGCUAGGACAGCCGUUGGUCGUCAUUGCACCCUCUCCCUCGGUGUCCUCAGAGACGGUUCUGUCUCUAGUUAGCUGCAUCAGUCCACUGAAGUACUGCUGUGAUUUUCGGCCUUACUUUACCAUCCAUGACAGUGAGUUUAAGGAGUACACAACCAGAACUCAGGCACCGCCUAAUGUACUACUAGGUGUUACAAAUCCUUUCUUUAUAAAGACCUUUCAGAGUUGGCCUCACAUCAUGUGUCUUGGAGAGCUGAAAAUGUCCAGAGAUGUGCUAAAACAAGUUAAGGUCAAGAAACUGACCAAGUUGAAAACACUGGACACAAAACCAGGUUUAUACACAUCAUACAAAACGUUUCUUCAUAAAGACAAAGCCCUGAUCAAGCGACUCUUAAAGGGAAUUCAGAGGAAAAGGCCUUCUGAGGUGCAGAGCGCCAUCUUGAGACGCCAUUACUUAGAACUGACACAGAGCUUUAUAAAUCCACUGGAACGAUACAUGGCCAACCUGAUGCCACUGCAAAUAUCCAUGACUCCUUGGAAGACUCCUCCACAGGUCCGCCCCUUCAGUCAGGAUGAGUUCUUGGCAACUCUGGAUCAUGCUGGACCGCAAAUUACCUCCAUGCACAAAGGAGACUGGCUGGGACUUUAUAAGCAAUUCUUUCAGUCUUCUAAUUUUGACGGCUGGUUUCGGGCAAAGCAAAAGGAAAUGACACAUAAGGUGGAAUGUCUUCAUUUAGAGGCCAUCUGUGAUGCUGAUCUGCUGAGUUGGAUAAAAGACAAGUCAGAAGUAGAGACCGUUGACCUAAUUUUAAAAUUGCGUGAAAAAUUGGUGAGAGCUCAUAUGCUUCAGCUUCCAGUGAAGGAGGAAUUGCUGGACAAGCUGGAACGUUACAUCCAUUCUGUGAUCAGCUCUCUGCCAGAGGAUCUGCAGACAGUACUAUACAAAGACUAACAUUAAAAUGAUUUUAAUGCAGGACUCAGAAUAAGAGUUCAGCGCGUAACCCUGCUGCUCUAUUUCAGACAGUUACGAGAUCCAGCAAAACACAGAUGUACCCAUGAAAAUGUUUGAGGUAGCUUUGUACUAUACUGUACGUAAAGUCUGUGAUCUGUGUGCCACAUAUGAAGUAACACUGGGGUGGGGUGAAUGGUUGGAAAUGUAUUUUAUGUAAUGUUUUAGAUUAUCACUUUAAUGAUUAUCACUUUAAAGCAUAUGUAUAUAUUAUAUUGCAUCAGAGAUGCAAAUCAAGGAAUGUUAAUUUAAUGAUUAUAUGCCGUCUGUAGUGCCAGAACUUGUAUGUUCUUAACUAGUAUGACAGAACCUCAUACUGCACUUUAUGCCAUUAUUUCCUCUAAGCUUUUUUUUUUUUUUACAUAAAACACUCAAUGUUCAGAAGUUUGUGGACACCUGACCAUCACACCCACAUGUGGUUGUUGAACAUCUUAUUGUUGAUUCAUUUCCCCUGUGAUGCUGUUAUAAUAAUCUCCACUCUUCUUUUCUGGGAAGGUUUUCCACUUGCACAGAUAUUAGACUUGUGGCUGUGCGGAUUUGUGUUCAUUGAGAAGCACAAGAGCAUUAGUGAGAUCUAGGGUUGCGAAGGGGCGGAAAGUUUCGGGUAAAUUUCCGGAAACUUUCCACGGGAACUUAAUCUGGGGAAUUUUGGGAAUAUUCAAAAUUGGAAACUUUAUGGGAAUUUUAUGGAAAUCUACAGGAAUUAUUAUCUAUGGGAAUUAUUUGGAAAUAUAGGGAAAUUGAUAUAAACUAUAUCAUAUACAAACAUAAAUAAACAUUUUGUUUGGUCAUAAGCAGACAUGCAUGCAAGGAAAUACAAAUUUUAAAAAUGACAUCUUGACUAAGAUUGAAUUGUAUGUAGAGCUUUAACUGAUUUUUUCAUUGAGUAACACAAAAGCAUAAUAAACAUUAUGCUUGUAAUGCACAUAAUAAACUUAAUAAUUGUAAUAAACAUAUUUCCCUAUGAUUGCUGUAAAAUGAAAGCAUCCCUCACCCUUGCCCUUCUAAAAAAAGUCCCAAUCAAAAUGUAAAAUGAAGCAUUUUUUAUCAAGCUUAUUAGGUCUCUGCUUCUGUGGUAGUCAAGGCCUGGAAAAUGGAGGUGAAUCCCCCCUUAAGUGAUAUAUGGAGGAUUUUUUUUUUUAUUUCAUUGAGUGUGUGGGGGGUCAUCAAAUUAUCUGUGAAUGUGAUAACACUCCUAAUUUACUGCUUAAUAAGAGUUAGUAAGGUAGUUAUUAAGUUUAGGUAUUGGGUACCAUUAAGAAUGUAGAAUAAGGUAAUGCAGAAUAAGGCAUUAAUAUGGCAUUAAUAUGUGCUUAAUAAGUACUAAUAAAUAGCCAAUAUUCUAUUAAUAUUCAUGCUAAUAAGCAACUAGUUAAAUUACCCUAAAAUAAAGUGUUACUGUGCAUGUUAUGGAAGAAUGCAAGUACAUGCAGUGGGUGUGGCCUCGAUGGCCCUCCAAUAAGCUGUGUGCAAGUGACUGAGGAAUGCAGAGUACAAGUCAACUUAAAUUGCCUUAAAUCUUGUUGUUUUAAACAAAAUUAUGCUGCAAGAUUUUUUUUUAACUACAUUUAAGUUCCUUGUUAUAGGCAACUCUGCAUUUUUUUAAAAUUCCCAGUUUAUUUCCAUAUAUUCCCAUUAAUUCCCAUGGAAAGUUUCCAGCCUUGAAAAUUCCCGGAAUUUUGCAACCCUAGUGAGAUCAGACACUGUUGUGAUGUAAGAGUGAGCAGGUCUUGGGUUCAGUCUGUGUUCCGGUUCAUCCCAAAAGGUGUUCAGUGCAUGUGAUGACUUUUAGAGGCUCAGUCAUAACUUUUAGAGUAUAGGAAUACUGGUAGUUGUGAGUUGUCUGGAUUGUCAUGUACAUAGUUUUAUAUUUAGAAUUUCAAUAAUUACACUGAUCUAUUUAUAAUGUAAAAGUGAUCAAACUCACACAAGUAUUUAUUUAAAUUGUUUAUCUAUUAUUACGUGUUUUCAUUAAAAUGUUAGAAGGCACUGAGAGUUUAUG